GCCUGUGUUCUCUCAUUCCUUCUGUAGCUCAUUCGUUUGAUUUGGGUUUUGGAUGCCAAAUUGCAGUCAUAGAUUUUUUUUUUAUAAAAUUUUUAAGGCGUCGUUGAUAAUCAAGUUGUCUAACAGCAUUAAGAGGACAAAGAGAUGAUCGAGGGGGAGGAAGACGACGGGCCUCCCCCUGGCUGGCAGCAGCCCAUCCCUCCUCGAGCUCGAUCGCGAUCGCCUCCUCCAGCACCUUCGCCUUCUGUGGCAGAAAUGGCUCAAAUGGUUUGUGGUUCUUGCUCCCACCUACUUUCUUAUCCACAAGGAGCCAGGCAUGUUAAGUGCUCAUGUUGCCAGAUGGUGAACUAUGUAUUGGAAGCACAUGAAGUUGGUGUAGUUAACUGCCGUAGUUGUGCAGUUUUGCUGAUGUAUCCAUAUGGAGCUUCAUCAGUUCAGUGUUCAUCAUGCCUUCUUGUAACAGAAAUUGGAGAUCACAACAGGCGCCCUCCAUGGUCUGUACAGCAGGGGCAACCUCCUCGUACUCCCAACCCUGUUCACUGACAGCUUGUAUUUGUUGGCGUGUAAGGUUAUAUCUGUCUGGCAAGCUACACUGUGAGAAGUCAUCCAUUUCCAACUUCCUACUUGCCAGGUUUGAAAUGAAUUUUCUAUGGAUGUAUUGAUGGAAGGAUUUUGGCCUGUUCUUGUUGGAGUUUCUUGUGUUUUUGAACAAAGGAUCUUGGAGGGUUCUUCUUGUUUCUUUUUUAACAUUAACAGUUCUACAGGUUGAAGGAAAAAUAUUUUGCUGUCGGACACUCUACUAA